AUGGAUUCUAAUUCUUCUGACUAUCUCCUAAACCAUGCUACUAUUCCUUCUAUUUAUUAUCAAGGCAAUAGAGAGGAUGGUAACUUCAUUGAUUUGGGGCUUAGCCUUAGAGUUUUGCAGCCUGAGGCCUAUUAUCCAUCUGCUCAUGGUGGCUAUGAUGAGCUGAUAGAUUGGCAACAUCUGCAUCCCCAACUAAGGAAUAAUUCAAGAACAGAUCAAUAUCCUACUAAUUUUGUGGAAAAUUAUGAUGAAGAAGCUGAAGGAAUUCAAAGCAAAGAGAGUUGGGCUUAUGUGAAAGUUAACAUGGAUAGAGUUAUUGUUGGCAGGAAAAUUUGCAUUCUUGAACAUUCAGACUAUUCUAGCCUUGCAAUACAACUAGAAGACAUGUUUGGAAAGCAAUCCAUAUCCGGACUAAGGCUAUUUCAAGAUGGUUCAGAAUUUUCCCUAUUUUACAAGGGGAGGGAUGAGCAGUGGAGGACCGUAGGAGAUGUUCCAUGGAACCAGUUUACGGAUCGCGUGAAGAGGCUAAGAAUUGUGAGGAAAGAUGAAGCAUUCAUCGCAAGUUCAGCUGCAUUACUAAGUUCUUCGGCUAGAGGAUUUCCUGUCACAGCCAUGGUGCGGAUGUCGUUCAAGCAGAUGACAGAGAGGUUUCUUGAAAGUUCUGCAACUGCAACGUCAUUGAUGGAGAGGGGUGUUGAAUUUUUGCCAGUGCCGAUGAAGAGAUUUGAGAAGUACAGAUGGCGAGCACAUUGA